CUCCUCCAAUAUUAUUCAUCAAUCUCAAUUCUCAACCACAUAAUGGCUUCCCACCACUUCACUUUACUCCUUAUUUUCACUACUAUCCUCCUAUCUUCCCAACUCUCUAAAGCAACAACUCCAUCUUAUCUUCUCCCAAUUGUCAAAGACUCUGCAAGACUUCAAUAUUACACUUCAUUUCUCUUAGGAACCCCUGCAUUUCGCGUCUCUUUAUCCAUUGAUCUAUCCAACCCUUGGUCUUGGUUCACUUGCAAUUUAGUCGGCAACAACGAAACCUUCUACCAACCAUACCCAAAUAGUUCUAGUUACCGCCCCAUCAUCUGCUCCAACUCAACAUGUCACCCGUAUGAUAGCCACUUUUGCGCCGAAUGCGAUUUCGAAGCUUGUGGAUCCAACAAGGCCAAUCUGUGCGGUGGAUCAUUGUAUAGCCCUUACGCCUACACCAAGAAUCCCAAUGGUGCAUAUACAGUCUCUUACUUAGUUGUUGAUACUAUAAACAUCUAUAAAUCCACCAAUAACAUAUCCCCUGUAUCAACAUUAAAAGUAACACCAUUGUCUAACUUUCCUUUCACUUGUGGUUGGACUUCAGACCUUAAGGGCUUAUCUCGAUAUACCAAAGGUAUAUUAAGUUUGGCUAGGAAGGAUUCUUCUUUACCUGGCUUAAUAGCUAAAACUUACAAUGUACAUCACAUAUUUGCACUUUGUUUGCCUUCCUCUCGGAUUAAUGGUGCUGUCUAUUUUGGUGGCGGACCUUAUUUUGUACCAUCCACUUCUUUCGUUACGACUUCCCUUGUCGUAAACCCGGUCGACAUUGGUGUGACAAUUGACAAAGGUGCAUCAUCCGUUGAGUACUUUAUCAAUGUAAAGUCCAUCCUAGUUGAUCGUACGCCAUUAAAAAUUAGCUCGACUUUACUUUCCAUCAAUAAAAACGGUCUAGGGGGAACGAAACUUAGCACUAUCGACGGCUACACCGUGCUACAUACUAAUAUAUACAACGCCCUUGUUGCGGAGUUCACUAGCAAGGCGGCUGCGAUGAACAUUACUAAGGUGGCGCCUGUGGGUUCAUUUGGUGCAUGUUAUAGCUCGAAAAAUAUCGUUGGUACAAAAACCGGGCCUAAAGUGCCUAUGAUUGAUUUAGUUUUAGAAGGGAAUAGUGUAUGGAGGAUUUAUGGUGCGAAUUCAAUGAUAAAAGUAUCAAAUGAUGUGAGAUGUCUUGCAUUUAUAGAUGGAGGUUCAGCAGUUAAGACAUCAGUUGUGAUAGGUGGGAAGCAGAUGGAAGAUAAUUUGGUAGAGUUUGAUUUGGAGUCCUCUAAGUUAAGGGUUACCUCUUCUCUGCUUAACUUUGGUACGAGUUGCUCACAGUUGAAGGGAGUGUAAAUUUUCUAAUGGGUUUAUUAGUAGAUAUUUAAGUUUGGUCCUUGUUUGAUAAUCUAGCAGUCAAUGCAGAUAGUGCUAGAAAAUGUUAUAUGUUUGACUUGAUUAGUAUAUUGAUAAUGCUACUUUAUUUAAACAUGAUUAAUAAAAGUCAUCUUUUCUUUGAUUA